AUAUAUAAAUCUGUUUAUUUUAGCAAAAAAAAUUAAUAACGAAAAUGGCAUCACCUAGAAAAAUUAGCCGUUUCACCAUGUCAAGCAAUGAAAAUGAGCAGUGUAAAACCUGCAAGCAAAUUUUGGAAGAGGUCAAGAAGUCGACAGAAAAUCAACAGCGGGAGAAUGCUCUUUUUCAUGAAAAUCUACAGCAGGAAAAUGCCGUUGUUCGUGAUCAAUUGAACGCAUUGGCCAAAAUUUUAGCUGACCAAACAGUUUUGCUUAAACAACUUUUAAAGGAGAAGGCCGAAAUUAAUUCUGUUCGGGACCAGUUCCCGAUUGAAACGGAGGAGCAGCUGAUAAAAAUGGAGGAGAUUUAAAAAUGAAUAGAGACA